UUGAUAACUUUGACGAAGGAAGCGAUAGCUGCGAGUCCUACUUGGAAAGAUUUGAGCUUUACGUCUCGGCAAAUGACAUAGCUGAAGGCAAGAAACUGGCUGUAUUCUUGACGGUAGUAGGUCCUCGAGUGUAUGAGGUAUUGAAGAACCUGUUGAUUCCACAUUCUCCAUCAAGCAAAACGUAUAACGAGGUAACGGCUCUGCUAAAAAGUCACUACAGUCCCAGAAAGGCCGUGAUAGCAGAAAGGUGCCGAUUUAACCGAAGGAUGCAACUUGAGCAAGAGACUGUAGCCGAAUUUGUGGUUCAGCUGAAGCACCUGGCCAGAAGUUGCGAGUUUGGGAAAUUUCUAGACGAAGCACUUAGAGACCGACUAGUUGCCGGACUACGAUGCGCCGAUACACAACGUGAGCUGUUUACAGCUGAAGAGCUGACAUUCGAACAAGCAUGCAAAAUCGCGUUAAACCGUGAACUAGCAUCCACACAGACUCGGCAAAUGGCAUUAGAAGAGCACCAAGGCAUUCCACAAAGGCAGUCUAGAUUAGAAGUUGAUGUUCUAAAGCAAGGCAGUCAAGCUAGGGACCGCUAUCGAGGGAAGAAUGAGUGCCUAGAGUGUUUCCGUUGCGGUAAACGUCACACGGCGGAAAGCUGCCGGUACCGCAAGUAUAAGUGCCAUAACUGCGGUGAGCAACGUCGCUUGAGAACAAUGUGCAGAUAGCGCCCAGGCAGAACAAAGGCACUGAAUGCAAUCGAUAGCUCGGCAGACGAUUCGGACGAAGAGCAAGAAAUAUACAGUAUGACAAAUAAUAAUGCAGCGUACUAUGUCACUGUUCGGAUGGAAGGACAAACCAUAAAGAUGCAGAUAGACACAGGGGCUUCCGUCACCGUCAUGCCUAAGUCGGUUUUUCAGCACAAGUUUCCGCAACUGGCUAUCAAGAAAGCGACUGUUCCUUUAAGGACAUACACGGGUUAGCUGGUGCCAGUUGUAGGAUCAGUGAACGUGCGAGUCGAGCACGGCGAUCAAACUGAUAUUUUACCUGUGCUGAUAGUAGAUGACGGGGGAAGAAGGCUGCCAUGUCUGCUUGGUGGCAACUGGUUGACAAAGCUUAAAUUAAACUGGCAAGAACUUCGAGCUGUAGAGCAAGACGAUGCCGUAGAUGAGCUAAAGAGGAAAUUUGAGGCAGUGUUUUCACCGCAGAUAGGGUUCAUAACGGGUUACAAGGCACAAGUUCAUUUGAAGCCAAAUAGCACGCCAGUAUUUUGCAAGGCCCGUCCUGUGCCUUUUGCAUUGAAGCAAGCUGUGUCUGAAGAACUUGAUACCUUAGAACGGACUGGGGUUUUGAAAAAAGUCACCAGAAGCGAUUGGGCAACCCCGUUAGUCGUAGUACCCAAGGAUGGGGGAGCAAAAGUGCGGCUCUGUGGAGACUACAAGGUCACUGUGAACCCGGCGCUUCUCACUGAGCAUUACCCUCUUCCAUUGCCAGAAGACUUGUUCGCAACGUUAGCAGGUUCAAGGGUAUUCUGUGUGCUUGACCUUGCUACCGCUUACCAGCAAGUAGAACUUGACGAAGCUGCGAAGGCGAUUUUAACUGUGAACACACACCAAGGUCUUUACCAAUACCAGCGUCUCCCUUAUGGCAUUGCAAGUGCUCCUGCCAUAUUCCAGUCGCUCAUGGACAGGAUCCUCAAAGGCGUCCCUCAACUAGGGUGUUACAUUGAUGAUGUCAUAAUUGGGGGUACGAGUGCUGAUGACUGUCGGCAAAAGCUGGAAGAGGUGUUAACACGAUUACAGGAUCACAAUGUGACGCUGUGCAUGGAAAAAUGCAAGCUCUUUUGCAGCGAAGUUCGCUACCUGGGCCACAGAAUUUCAGCAGCGGGAAUCAAGCCAUUGGAAUCGAAAGUAAGGGCGAUAAAGGAUGCACCCGAGCCCAUGAAUUUUUCAUCACAGGAGUUCCAGGACUUCCUCGAUGCCUGUGGCAUCAGGCGCACGUACAGCCCGCCAUACCAUCCGGAAUCCAAUGGAGCUGCCGAGAGGAUGGUGCAAACCGUUAAGAGGAGCCUCCGCAAGCAGCUGUUGCACGACAAGGGAGGAAACGGCAGACCGCUGCGGGAGAGGCUGGACGACUUCUUGCUGGCAUAUCGGACAACACCUAGCACAGUAACAGGCAAGUGUCCAGCCGAACUAUUUCUGAAACGAAUACCGCGCACGAGACUGUCCUUGCUAAGGCCCUCGUUUCGAGACGACAUGCAGAGCAAGCAAGAAGCGGUAAAGCGGCAGCAUGACCAACGAAGAUCGAGUUUCCGUUCAUUCAGGGCAGGGGACUGCGUAUACGUAAAGACUGUCAGGCAAGAGAAAGUGUCGUGGACUGAAGGGUGUGUGGUGCGGCCAAUUAGCCCUGUGACCUAUCUCGUAAAAACACAGACCACCGUCCGCCACGUUCAUGUUGACCAUUUACGCUCGCGCAGUUUCCAGCAUGCAGGAUCAAACGUGGGUGCGGAGGCCCCGAGAAGACACGGCACUGAGGACGUUGUGCGUCAUCGGGAGGCCUCAACCAUACCCCAGCAGGCGUAUCACGAAGCGGACACGGCAGCACCUCCCCCAGAGGAUGCAAUAACGCCGGAACCACCACCACCAGACGGGCAGGAAUUGCCACUGCCUGCUCCCCACAAUGACCAUCAUCAGACGCAAGCCGAAGCACCUUCAGACCCUCCACCAGUACUGCGCCGAAGUCAGCGUGCCAGGAAACCACCAGACCGAUAUGGGUCUCACGAUGUCCGCCACUGAAAAUAGUAAUGACGACGACGAUCUUGGGGGGGGG